AUGGCUGAUACUGGAGAAGGGUCGUUGAGAUCACAAUGGGAUAGAUGGACAGCUACACAUAAUACCAGCUCAGGUGGUGCUGUGAAUGAGAGUGCAAAGACCUUGUUUUCAGGUUGGGCAGAGACAUUGAAUAACACAGCUAAUGACGUUUAUAAUAGAUUACCAUUGACACAAAACGAUGCGCAAGACAUCAACAACCAGGAACCAGAAUGGUUCACAUUAUCAAGAUUUGAAAGAUUGAUGGGUUUUAUUGCAUGUCUACUAGGUUCUGCUGCUUGUUUCACCAUUUCAUUCUUUCUUUUCCCUGUAUUGGCAUUAAACCCUAGAAAGUUCGGUUUAUUAUGGUCAUUGGGUUCGAUCUUGUUUGUUAUUUCAUUUGGUUUAUUACAAGGACCAGUUGCUUAUUUCCAUCAUUUAACUUCAGCAUCAAGAUUACCAUUCACUGUAUUUUUCUUUGGUUCAGUGUUUGCCACUAUAUACUUUAGUGCAAUCAUGAAAUCUACAAUUUUGACAUUGCUUUCAAGUUUAGUUGAGAUCUUUGCAGUGAUUUAUUAUACUGUCAGUUAUUUCCCAUUUGGUGCUCAAGGUCUAAGAAUGGCCACUGCUGUUGGGUUCAGACAAAUUGUAAGCUUGGUUGGAUUAUAA